AGCGUCAGCAGACGGGGUUGGUUUGUUUUAAGUAUCGCGUAGCACGACUGGGUGGUGGAUCGCUACAGUUGGAACAAGAUGCAAGCCUGUGGCGGAGAUGCAGUGUUGAAAACAAGCGAGCAUCGCGUCUGUGGAAGAACCUCGGAGACGGAGCCGAGUGGCGGCGCAUUACAGGUGGUGCCGUGUCUGUCUGGCGCUUCGGGGAUCGUUUCGCACACCCUGACCGGGCAGGACACGUGUGCGUGGAGGUGUGGACACGAUGCUGCUCUGCGGGAAUUAGCUGCCCAUUAGUAAAGUUGGAAGCGCCACAUCUCCAUCACGCUUUGGCCUGUGUGGGUAGGAUUUACGCAGAUCUUUCCAAAUCUAUAUAGAAACAACGAUGUCAAACAAAUAAAUUCGCUUUAAGUUGAACACAAAUCCAUCAUUAAUACAAAGUGUAUUUUCCGUUUUAAAGGAUUAUAUUAUAACGAGGGCUAUAUACAAUUACACGGGGAGUAUGAAUAAUUUGUAUCACCGGUCAUUUGAUAGCGCGCAGUGAGAAAAGCACAAGCAGAGUCUUUGGCAAAGCGGCUGUUUUGAGCUGGAACACCUACAUCCCGCUGACAUUAGGAAAUACUGGCCUUGUAAGUUUUUUUCCCCGAGAUGCAUUUUACAGGUGGCAUCGUAGAUCUCUGCAUUACAUGCUUAGGAAACGACUCCGUGCUGCAGCCAUUGUGGGACAGCAUGAGGACCGACCACAGUGACUGUCUGAGAUCUCCCCUGUUCCCCGUUAUUCUCACUGUGUCUUCUUACUUUGUCUUCUGCCUUCCCUACCUUGUUUGUGACAUCAUGGGGGACAGGUGGGCAUGGGUCCAGCAAUUCAAAAUCCAGCCCGGACGUCGGCCGACAGCCUCCACGCUGAUGCACUGUGCAGGUGUCACCCUGUACAAUCAUGUGUUCUUUGUGCUCCCGGCAUCAGUGGCUCAGUGGGCUUGGAGGCCACCCGUGGACCUGCCGGAGAAGGCCCCGUCCCUCCUGGAGCUGUUGGCCGGCGUGAUAGGCAGCCUCCUGCUCUUCGACUUGCAGUACUUCAUCUGGCACCUGCUGCAUCACCGGAUCCGCUGGUUGUAUGUCACUUUUCAUGCCAUCCAUCACGAGUACUCAGCGCCCUUUGCUCUCGCCACUCAGUGUCUUGGUGGGUGGGAGCUGGUGACAGUGGGUUUUUGGACCACCCUGAAUCCCAUGAUCCUGAGAUGCCAUCUUCUCACCACGUGGGUUUUCAUGGUGCUGCAUGUGUAUGUGUCAAUAGAGGAUCACUGUGGCUACGACUUCCCCUGGUCCACAUCCCGUCUGAUACCUUUUGGCAUUUACGGAGGACCCAGCAAACACGACGUGCACCAUCAGAAACCCAACACCAACUUUGCACCACACUUCAGCCACUGGGACAAGUUAUUAGGAACACAUGCUGAUUUCAGCUUUGCUCCAGCUGUGAAAUGAGAAGAAGAACAGCAGCUACACAUAAACAUAUGUGCAUUAUAAUGCGUGUUGUUUUUUUCCCUAAAUGAUGUGAAGAUUUAGAUUUUUAAAGCUUUUUGCUUAUUUGUCAAAGUAGAUGUGUUGGUUUUUAGUAGCUUUGUCGUUAUUAUGUUAAAAGCUUCUAUUUGAGCUUUACCUAAAGGCAUCUCUGCUGCUGUGUCUGGUUUCUUUGUAUUGAAACUGAUCCUGUGGUUUUAGACUUCACAAUAACCUUCCUUAUUUUAAUACAUUUUUAAUGUAAUGCAUUUUUUCCCACUUUUUAUUUGUUUUAUGUACUGUAAAAUAAAUAAAAAUGAAAUGUAUUAUCUUGCCUUUAA